AUGGCGUUCAAGCUGUUGCGCCAAUUUCGAAGAUAAUCAUUGUGCUUUUGAAAUUUUGACAAACGGUUAUACGUGUGUAUUAUAAUAAAAUAAUGGCAGACAAUCAGCAAAGUAGAUUUGAAAAAUCUCUCGGUUUAUUAACCACACGAUUUGUAUCACUACUUCAAAAAGCCAAGGACGGUGUCCUGGACCUCAAAGUUGCCGCUGAUAUCCUGGAGGUGCGACAGAAAAGGAGGAUCUAUGACAUAACAAAUGUCCUGGAAGGUAUCGGGCUGAUUGAAAAAAAAAGUAAAAAUUCUAUACAGUGGAAGCGGUCUAGGGGCGCAGGACCUGGAUGUAAUACUCAAGAAGCUGGAGAAAAACUCGGCGAUUUAAAAGACGAGUUGCGGAGACUGGAAGAGCAUGAGGAUUUGCUGGAUACUCAUACGCAGUGGAUGCAGCAGAGUAUAAAAAAUAUUGAAAGUGAUUUUAAAAACCGACAGUAUGCUUACGUUACGUAUGAAGACAUUAAGGAACAGUAUCCGGAUGACUGUGUGCUUAUAAUAAAAGCCCCAGCUGAGACUGUACUGAAAGUACCGAACUUGGAAAAAAUACCAGACGAUGAUAAAAAUAGUAAUAAGAGUAAUUAUGAGUUGGUUUUAAAAAGUCCUGCUGGUGAAAUAAAAGUUUUUAUGAUACAGCCGAUGUUGGCGGAAAAUUAUGAUAACAAAAUGCUGGAGGCGAGGUUGCAAGAGCCCAAGGGUAUUAAGAGAGAAAAAAAUGAAUGUGAUCACCAGGAUGAGCCCAAGCCAAAGAGAAGAUUGUCUAGAUUGAGCAAGAGCAGAGAUAAAGAACCAACGUCUGAUGAAGAUGAAGAGAACGAAGAAUCCGAAUUACUGGAAGCUAAAAUAUUACUCAGUGAUCUCAGUACGAAGCUCCGUUCCGAAUCAUCCGAUUCAAGUUUACUUGAUGACUUUUAUUCAGACUUUUGUGGACCAUUAUUAAGUUUAAGCCCGCCACCAAGUGAAAAAGAUUACCAUUUUAAUUUAAGUGAAAACGAAGGGAUACUUGAUCUAUUUGAUAUCGCUGCUAAAUAAUUGUAAACUAAUUAUUUAUAGAUCGUAAUAAUUAAUAACUCGACUUGGGUGCACUGAUUGAUAUUCAAUCACUGUCCAAAUAUAUUUGGUCGCACCAAAACAUUAUUAUUAAAUAUUAAUAUUAUUAUUAAUUAUUAUUAAUUAUUAUUAUUAUUAUUAUUAUUAUUAUUUUUGAUUAUAGCAAUAAAGUUAAUUAUCUAUUAACUAAAUUAACAAUCAGUUUUAGUAAAUGGCCUGGUUAUUUAAAUUUAAUGUUCGUUAUCUAUUGUAUUGUUACUGAAUUCAAACUGUUGCGAAGAAAAGUGAUGGAAGUUGGAAUUUUUUUUGGUAUUUCUAUAAGAAUUUGAUGAUUUGAUAAUUAUUUUUGAUGCGAGUACUAAAUUAUAAAUGUUUUGUAUUUUAAAAUAAAUUAAUUAAAAUUAUAAUUAACUCUAUUAAUUAGAGUGUUGAAUAUAAAUUUUUUUUGUAAUGUAAAUGAUUGUUCUGUUGUAAACAUGUACCUGUAUAUGUUUUUAAAUACGUUA